AUGUUCAAGAGUCCUUUUGGUGCAAAUGCCAAUCCAUUUGGCGGCGCCAGUGACGGCCCUACCGGUGGCAACGCUAUCCACCGUGUUAUCGAGGAGGAAGAGAAUGAUACGGUCACGUCUCCCACAUCACCGAACUUCGGCAUGAACGCUGGCACCACAUUCAGCGGUCCCUUUGGCGGCGACGCCACGGACGAUGCUCCGCCUUCUGCGCUUAGAAGCCCGCCGAAUCCCGAAAGCUACCCUGCCCAGUACAACUUUGGCCGCCGUACCUCGGUUUCCGCCGAGUCUCUGAAACCCAGUGCCGAUUCAUACGAUAACUGGUCUCCUCCCGUCCACGAGAAGAACAAGGAGCAACUGGAUCGUCUCACAACUGCCAUCGCAGGCAACUUCUUGUUCAGCCAUCUGGACGAUGAGCAGAGUUCUCAGAUUCUGGGAGCAUUGAUCGAGAAACCUAUCCCGGCCAAAGGUAUCAAGGUAAUUAGCCAAGGUGACGCUGGUGACUUCUUCUACGUUGUGGAGAAGGGAUCUUUCGACGUGUACGUCAACAGCAGUGGAACUCUGCAACCUGGCCCCGAGGGCAUGGGCCAAAAAGUCGGAACGAUCCAGGCCGGAGGCUCGUUUGGUGAACUGGCUCUUAUGUACAACGCUCCUCGAGCUGCAACGGUUACUUCCGCCGAGUCUGGAUGCACCCUGUGGGCGCUCGACCGACUCACAUUCCGCCGCAUUCUUAUGGAGUCGACGUUUGCGCGCCGUCGCAUGUAUGAGAGUUUCCUCGAGGAAGUGCCGUUGCUGCAAUCCCUCACACCGUAUGAGCGAUCCAAGAUUGCCGACGCGUUGGAAACCCAAAAAUACACUCCUGGUGAAACUAUCAUCAAGGAAGGCGACCCGGGCCACUCGUUCUACCUGCUGGAGAGUGGUGAGGCCGAUGCUUACAUUGGCGACAGCAAGGAAGCUGUCAAGCACUACAGCAAGGGAGAUUUCUUUGGUGAGCUUGCACUCUUGAAUGACGCCCCCCGCGCCGCUAGUAUCGUCGCGACGACGGAUGUCAAGGUCGCUAGCCUCGGCAAGUCUGCCUUCCAGAGACUUCUUGGCCCCGUCGAAGGCAUCAUGAGGCGAACAAAGUACGAGAGCGUGAAGACGGGUGUCGAAGAGAUGGAUCCGCUGCAAGCGGCUUAA